AUGACUGCUACUAUGAACGGGACGUUCAACUCGGCCCCUGACACACCUUCCCCCGUCUAUCCCGAUCGUCUGAUUCGUCCUCUUCCCACACGAACCUUGCGCUCCCGCUUGUCCACCGACGCCGCCGACACUAUUCAUUACCCACCAACCCCUCCCGCCUCUCAGAUCUUUUAUGGGGUUUCGGGAGAUUCAGAAGAGGCGGCCAAUGACUCAAAAGUUUAUGUGCAGCAGACCAUCGAAUCCGAUAGACAAGAGCUAACACCCGACGCGGAUUCCCACCAUGGGUUUGAAACAACAGUUGAGUUUGAAAGCGGGGAUGAGGAUGGUCCUGUGGUAGUGCAGCGUAGUGCUGGGUUUCGGAGUUCUUUAUCCCCCACUUCUAGCAUUCAUCCACAAAUGACAGCGGGUAAAGACGGGACUUUGAAAUCCUCGGCUGGACCGGACGGUUAUGACGCAUUUGAAAACACCAAUAACAAAAAGAAACGAAAAAUACCAACCCCUGGAAAUAUGGCGGGUCAUCAUUCGGCUUUGUCGCCGGAGUUUGCCAAUAUGGCGCUAGCUAACUUGAACACAACACCAACGGCGACUGGCGAUGAGACUGGUACGGGGACUUAUUAUGGAAGUGGGAACCCAGCAUCUCCAUUAGGAAGUGGGAUAUCAGGCUCAGGUAGAGGCCGUCUUGGGCGGAGUUCCACUCGCAGUAGUAGUGGUCGUAAUCCUUUGUCUGCGAAUGCCCAGAAUGCCUGGAUGACGACUCGGACGCCAAGUCGGCGGGACGGAUUGAUGUCGUCCCCUGGCCCAUCUGGUGAAUCUUCUGACGGAAUCAUUUCGACAGCCAUCGCGAACGCCGCUACCCUAUCUUCGCCCACUAGAGGUCCGAGCAAUGUGAGCUUGCUUGACCAAGAAAGUACCACACCGACAAAAACACAAUUCACUUUCACAUGCGAGUCCGACUCGUCUAAAGGCAUGGCGAUGCAACGGGACUCAUUCUCGGCUUCUCGUCGCUCGCCCACUUCCCCGCUCGCGGCUACUAGCAAAAACCCCCGCGGUUUCUCCACACAAGGCACACAGACGAGCCCAAGUAUGAACCAUAACAUACCACCUGGAGCCCUACAGCCUGUAUCACAUCAUUCCCCCGUGGGCCGCAAAAAGAAGCGAUCCCCAGGAAGCGUAUAUGCACUGGCCGCCCGCCAGCGCAAGAUUCAGCAGCAAUAUACCAACAUUCAUCACCCACCAAGAUUGGAAGACAUUUGGAUUUGUGAAUUUUGUGAAUACGAAAGUAUAUUUGGCCGUCCGCCGGAGGCUUUGAUUCGGCAGUAUGAGAUCAAGGACCGAAAGGAACGUAAACGACUCGCUGAAAAGAAGCGGCUUCUGGAGAAGGCGAAGAUGAAAGGUCGCAAGACAAAGAAGGGAUCGAAGAAUGGACCAAAGAAUGGCUCGGCACCUCACGGUGGUUAUCAGCAGGGCUAUGAUCGUGCAUCAGUUGAUCACUCGUCUGCAGCUGGGUCGGCGCCUCAUGAUGACGAGUACCUAGGCCCCGAGUACGAUGAUGAGUCGGAAUCAAUACCUGCUCCUAAUCCCGACUCGCCCAGCGACUUGAAACCUCCUUUGCCGCCUACUGGUAAUCAUCCGAAGUCAACGACAACAUUGGAGAGCGCCAAGGGUCCUGCAGACGCUGGAGCUAGUCGACCGGGCUGA